AUGCCAAACCCCUACCCAGCAAAGGCCAGUGUUGGCCAAGAGGCCUCUUGGUCACUGCUCAGCCAAGCCGUUGUUGCUGCUCCCAAGGUGCAAAAGGGAGACAAGCGUCUCCCUGGUGAGGAGGAAGAGGGUGCAACAACGCCCCUUCUGUUUCUGUUGCAAUCGGCGAUCGAUUGGCCGAGCGUGGCCUCGUUUUCCGUCACCCCCCCGCGAUGUGUGCUCUGUCACGGUGGUGUUUGGGAGCCGGUGCGUGGAGAAGAGGGAAGCAGCCAUGAAGCAGGAGGCGGCUCUCGGCGCGGGCCGGUAUCGGAGAAGCCACCCCCGCAAGCGGAGCCCCCUCAGCCACCCCAGCCGCCUGCCGAUGUCGAGAUGCCCGAGGAAGGACGGCGUCGACUACGGCUGAGCCCCGCCUCGGCCGAGAAGUCGCCAGCGCGAGCUAGUACGGCCGUCACGCUCGAAGACAUCAAGGAACACGUGAGCAGCUGGAAAAGCUGUAUCUGGGAAGAACCUCGCUAUGUCCGUGCCCUGAGAGCUUUGCCAUCCACUUCCCGCCGCCUCAACCCCAAUGUGCUCCAGAAGGCCAUCAAUUGGCUUUUUCACAUCUAACAUGCUGUACGGGAUUUCCUCCUCAGCUUUCUGGAAGAGCCUAUGGACACAGAAGCUGCUUGCAGUUCCGGCCCGCACAGGCAAAGCAGCUUCAAUCCUCUCCUGCCAGAGGUAGAAGCCUAUCUCCAGCUACUCCUGGUCAUCUAUCUGAUGAAUAGCAAACGCUAUCAGAGCUUGGCUUGCUGCUCAAAAGACAGUUUGCGAGGGCCCAUAAGGGCACAAAAGGUUUCAGAUGAUCUGAUGCAAAAGACAAGUCUCAAAAAACGUCGAGCCCUUGAUCUGGUGGUGGCAAAGUGUUACUACUACCAUGCACGCAUCUGAUUCUUGAACAAGCUAGAUGUGGGAGGAGGUAGUUUCCUUCAUGCCCGCUUAAGGACGGCAACGCUCCGCCAUGAUGCAGAUGGACAGGCUACCCUCCUGAAUCUGCUGCUGAAAUACCUUCACUAUGACCUCUAUGACCAGGCAGAAAAGCUGGUCUCCAAGUCAGUGUUUCCUGAGCAAGCAAACAAUAAUGAAUGGGCCAGGUACCUCUAUUACACAGGUCGCAUCAAGGCCAUCCAGUGAUAUUCUGAAGCCCGGAGGACCAUGACGAACGCCCUACGGAAAGCACCACAGCACACAGCUGUUGGCUUUAAACAGACAGUCCAUAAGCUGCUGAUUGGUGAACUGCUAUUAGGUGAGAUCCCAGACAGACUUCAGUUUCGGCAGCCAUCUCUUAAAAGAUCCCUCAUGCCCUACUUUCUCUUGACACGGGUAGUAAUCAACUCUGUUCGGACAGGAAACCUGGCAAAGUUUAACCAGUCCUUGAUCAGUUUAGUUAAGUUCCAGGCAGAUGGAACUUACACCCUCAUCAUUCGCCUGAGGCACAAUGUGAUCAAGACAGGUGUUCGCAUGAUCAGCCUUUCCUACUCAAGGAUCUCCUUGGCUGACAUAGCACAGAAGUUGCAGCUGGAUAGCCCAGAGGAUGCUGAAUUCAUUGUUGCCAAGGCCAUUCGGGAUGGUGUGAUUGAAGCCAGCAUCAACCAUGAGAAGGGUUACAUCCAGUCCAAGGAGAUGACAGACAUCUACUCAACACGGGAACCCCAGCUGGCCUUCCACCAACGUAUCUCCUUCUGCCUUGAUAUUCACAAUAUGUCUGUCAAGGCUAUGAGGUUCCCUCCGAAGUCUUAUAACAAGGACCUGGAGUCUGCAGAGGAGCGCCGGGAGCGUGAGCAGCAGGACCUAGAAUUUGCCAAGGAAAUGGCUGAGGAUGAUGACGAUGGUUUCCCUUGAUGCUCUGGGGGUUGCUGCAUUUAUUUUUGGUUUUUGUUUCUUGCUCAAUACAAACCAUUGUCUACUGGUUGAAACCCAGAACUUGCCUUUAUUUCUAUAUUCUGCAUGUUGGGGGUAGUACAGAAAAAAACAACUACCCUUUAGCUGGUCUGGGAAGGAAAACACAUACACCCAAUUAAAGGGUGGUCAUGUUUAACUGAAGCCCCCUUUGUGGUUUUCAGUUAUAAAUGUCCCUUCAAGGGGCCCAAUGCAUCCACUGUUGUCCCUUUCUGUUUUGUACAUGAACAGAGGGCUGGGCUGGGCUGGGUGGGGGCAUGCCUCUUUUGGCCCACCUGAUGGAGUAAUUCCACUUGAAAACUUUUGUCAAACUUUGUUUAGGGCUUUUAAAUAAAAGUUUGGGGGAAAUGGAAUGCCUUUUGUCCAGCUUGUUAACACAGAGCGGUGCUUUUACAUUUAAUGGGCUCAAAUGGGCCUUUAUUGUUUCCUACCCACUAAUAUUAGUAGUAGAACGCCUCAAAUUCUGAUGUAGAAAAAAAGGAUUCUGGUCCAAUGCUGGCAGGUAAAGAUGUGUUCAGAGGAAGGACACACACACCUUUCAUAAACUACAAAGGUGAUAAAGAAAAGAAAAUUGGUGCCCUUUGGUGGGACAUGUCCAGGGUUACUGACAGCGGAAUAUUUUCUGUUGAAAUAAAUGCAAAAACAUUUGAACUAAUAAUGAAAGAAAAUGGAAACCUUAAUAUAGAAAUAAAUAGGGAGAGAACCCCAUUUUUUCUUGCGCAGGCCACCAUCUUAAAUAACUUAGUAUUAUCUGCAAACUUAGCCACCACAUUGCUCAACCCUCCUGUUGGUAUUGUAUGAACUUCACUAGUCAUAAUAAAGUUCUUGAAAGACCCACACCUCUUACUUACAUUACAA